AUGAAGUACGACCUCGGCCUCGUCUCCUCGGGCUUGCUGCUCCUCGCCUCCGUCGGCGACGUCGCAGCCCAGUGCCAGCUCCCCACCUCCUACAAAUGGACCUCAAGCGGUGUCCUCGCCGAGCCCAAGAACGGUUGGAAGUCCCUUAAGGACUUCACCGUCGCUCCCUACAACGGCGGCCAGCUCGUCUACGCCACCAACUAUGGCACCGCCUAUGGAUCCAUGGCCUUCAGCCCCGUCUCCAACAUCAACCAGCUCGGCUCUGCCUCACAGACCGCUACGCCUUUCGCUGCUGUCGCUCCUACUCUGUUCUACUUCGCGCCCAAGAACAUCUGGAUCCUGGCUUACCAGUGGGGUCCCACCAAGUUCUCGUACAGAACUUCCAGCAACCCUUCCAACAUUAACGGCUGGUCUGCUGCUCAGCCUCUCUUCACUGGCAACAUUGCCAACUCUGACACUGGCCCUAUCGACCAGACCGUCAUUGGCGAUAGCAAGAAUAUGUACCUGUUCUUCGCCGGCGACAACGGCUCCAUCUACCGCGCCAGCAUGCCCAUCGGCAACUUCCCCGGUAGCUUCGGUUCCGCCUCGCAGGUCAUCCUGCAGGACACCAAGGCCAACCUCUUCGAGGCUGUGCAGGUCUACUCCCUCAAGGGCUUGAACAAGUACCUUAUGAUCGUCGAGGCUAUGGGUAGCGGCGGACGAUACUUCCGCUCCUUUACUGCCAACAGCCUCGACGGCGCCUGGACCGUCAACGCCGGUACCGAGAGCAACCCCUUCGCCGGCAAGGCCAACAGCGGUGCCACCUGGACCAACGACAUCAGCCACGGAGAGCUGAUCCGAACCAGCAACGACCAGACCUUCCCCGUCGACCCUUGCAACCUCCAGCUCCUCUACCAGGGCCGCAACCCCAACUCUGGUGGCGACUACAACGCUCUUCCCUACCGCCCUGGUCUGCUCACCCUCAAGAAGUAA